UGUCCCCACUUUGCUUUGAGCUUCACACAGUCGUCUCAGCCUCCAGGAGACCAAACAUCAUCAUGGCCUUCAAUGGAACGUGGCAGGUCUAUGCUCAGGAGAACUAUGAAGAGUUCCUCAGGGCCAUGGAGCUUCCAGAUGAGGUUAUUAAGGUAGCCAAGGACAUCAAGCCAAUUACCGAAAUCAAGCAGAACGGUAAUGACUUUGUCAUCACCUCCAAAACCCCUGGAAAGACCCUGACCAACUCCUUUACUGUCGGCAAGGAGGCUGACAUUACCACCAUGGACGGCAAGAAGCUCAAGUGCACUGUCAACAUGGAGGGUGGCAAACUGGUGUGUAACACUGGAAAAUUUAACCACAUCCAGGAGAUCAAAGGAGGAGAGAUGAUUGAGACUUUAACUGUGGGCUCAACAACUCUCAUCAGAAAGAGCAAAAAGAUGUGACGUGGAUAUUUAAAUAAAAAAUGUCACUUUGUAA